AGCUCGCCAGGAAAAAGACGCUGAUCCGGACGUUGGGUCUUUUCUGUGGUCCUGUUUGAAUGUGUCGGACCCCCACCUCCCCCUCUACCCCCUCCCCAGUCCCACCCACCGCUCUCCAACACAAACACACCACCAGUCCUCAUUUACUGGAUCACCGCUUUGUUAUCAGAGCCUUCCCCUCCUCUGCUUCUUUUACUCCAGGAGAGAGAAGAAGGGGACUUUAUUCCUUCCUUUUUUGACGGAUUGAUUUCUGACUGCAUCUGGAUCCGGGCUCCCUAUCGCUGCAGCAGGACCACGACCUCAAUGCAUCCGCCAAUGUAGGCUAAUUACCGGCAGAGAAACUGGUGUGAACGCCGGAACAAAAGGACGUAGAAGAGCUUUCCUCUCCACCCGGCGUGUCAAUCAUUUUUCCACCACUGCAGUUGUCAAGUUGGAGCCCUGUUGGGAAAUGGACAAACCCCUCUGAAGUGAAGACGCUGCUCUUCCUCACCGACACAACCACAGGACGUGAUUUAGACGAGGAUCCUCGAGUGGAGCAACGAUCCGGCAGAACAUGUUUACAUACCUACUUCCAUGGUAACCCAGAGGAGCAUGAACUUCUGGGCCAGGAGUUAACCUCAGUGUUCAUCCCCUCCACCUGCCUCCUGUGAGAGCUACACUACCCACAAUUCCUGUGAACUGACAACCGAAUCGGACUUUUAGUUCAGUUUAACAAAGAACACUCAGAGAGGAACAAAACUACAACGACAACGACAAAAAGUAGUACAACACUGCUGUGAAGAGGACCAACAUGGCCAACAACACGGCAGACCACCCUCCCGGGAACUCGGUUGCAGAGGGCAACCAUGACGGGGACUUUGGGAUGACCACGGAGGACCUGAGGAACUUGAUGGAGCUGCGGAGUGCAGAGGGUCAACAAAUCACGGACACAUACACGGACGUGCAGGGCAUCUGCCGCCGCCUGAAAACAUCCCCCAUUGAAGGUUUGUCCGGUAACCCCGUCGAUUUGGAGAAACGUCAUGCGGCGUUCGGCAGGAACUUCAUUCCCCCCAAGAAGGCCAAGACGUUCCUGCAGCUGGUGUGGGAGGCUCUGCAGGAUGUCACUCUCAUCAUCCUGGAAAUCGCUGCCAUCAUCUCCCUGGGUCUGUCCUUCUACCAUCCGCCAGGGGGCGACAGUGAAGCGUGCGGCCAGGUUGCAGGGGGCGUGGAGGACGAGGGAGAGGCCCAGGCUGGCUGGAUAGAGGGUGCCGCUAUCUUGUUUUCUGUGAUCAUCGUGGUUCUGGUGACGGCCUUCAACGAUUGGUCCAAGGAGAAGCAGUUUCGGGGGCUUCAGAAUCGCAUCGAGCAGGAACAAAGGUUCACCGUCAUCCGCAAAGGACAGGUCAUCCAGAUCCCCGUGGCUGAGAUCGUGGUGGGAGACAUCGCACAGAUCAAAUACGGAGACCUGCUGCCUGCCGACGGGAUCCUGAUCCAAGGCAACGAUCUGAAGAUUGAUGAGAGCUCUCUGACGGGAGAAUCAGACCAGGUCCGCAAGUCUAUGGAGAAAGACCCCAUGCUGCUGUCCGGUACCCACGUGAUGGAGGGAUCGGGACGGAUGUUGGUGUCAGCGGUCGGCCUCAACUCUCAGACCGGCAUCAUCUUCACUCUGCUCGGCGCCAGCGAGCACGACGAAGAGAAGAAGGUCAAGAAAAGUAAAAAACAAGGACCCCCCGAAAAUCGCAACAAAGCCAAAACCCAGGACGGCAUCGCCCUGGAGAUCCAGCCCCUGAAGAGCGAGGAGGCUGCCGAGUCGGAGGAGAAGGAGGAGAAAGAGGAGGCCAAGCCCGUGAAGAAGGUCAACGUGACGAAGAAGGAGAAGUCGGUGCUGCAGGGCAAACUCACCAGACUGGCCGUGCAGAUCGGGAAAGCUGGUCUGAUCAUGUCGGCGGUGACCGUCAUCAUCCUCAUCCUCUACUUCGUGAUCGACACCUUCGCGGUCCAGGGUCGCUCCUGGGUGGCCGAAUGCACCCCCAUCUACAUCCAGUAUUUUGUCAAGUUCUUCAUUAUCGGUGUCACGGUGCUCGUGGUCGCCGUUCCUGAGGGGCUGCCGCUCGCCGUCACCAUCUCUCUGGCCUACUCUGUCAAGAAAAUGAUGAAGGACAACAACCUGGUGCGUCACCUGGACGCCUGCGAGACCAUGGGGAAUGCCACCGCCAUCUGCUCCGACAAAACAGGCACGCUGACCAUGAACCGGAUGACAGUGGUGCAGGCGUACGUCGGUGACACGCACUACAAAAGUGUCCCUGAUCCUGACGCCAUCAAACCAGAGACUCUGGAGAUAAUGAUCAACAGCAUCUCCAUCAACUCAGCGUACACCACCAAGAUCCUGCCUCCAGAGAAAGAGGGUGGUCUUCCUCGCCACGUGGGCAACAAGACUGAGUGCGCCCUGCUGGGUCUGGUUCUGGAACUGAAGAGGGACUACCAGCCCAUCAGAGAUGAGGUCCCCGAAGAGAAACUAUACAAGGUCUACACCUUCAACUCCUCCCGCAAAUCCAUGAGCACGGUGCUGAAGAAUGCUGACGGAGGUUACAGAAUGUACAGCAAGGGAGCGUCAGAGAUCGUCCUUAGGAAGUGUUCUCGUAUCCUGGAUGCCCAGGGUCAGACUCGCAUCUUCAAGCCCAAAGACCGCGACGAGAUGGUGCGUAAGGUGAUCGAGCCGAUGGCGUGCGACGGGCUUAGGACGAUCUGCGUGGCGUACAGGGACUUCCCUGCCGAGGGCGGAGAGCCGAACUGGGACGCAGAGAACGACAUCCUGAACGACCUAACCUGCAUCGUUGUUGUCGGCAUUGAGGACCCCGUCCGACCUGAGGUACCCGAGGCUAUUUCAAAGUGUCAGCGCGCCGGCAUCACAGUGCGCAUGGUCACCGGAGACAACAUCAACACCGCCCGCGCCAUCGCAACCAAGUGUGGCAUCCUGCUGCCCGGAGAGGACUUCCUGUGCAUGGAGGGAAAAGAGUUCAACCAACAGAUCAGAAACGACCAAGGAGAGGUGGAACAGGAGCGUCUGGACAAAGUUUGGCCCAAGCUUCGCGUUCUGGCUCGUUCUUCACCAACAGACAAACACACUCUGGUCAAAGGAAUCAUCGACAGCACAGUGGGAGAAACCCGACAGGUGGUAGCGGUGACAGGAGACGGAACUAACGACGGCCCCGCCCUGAAGAAGGCUGAUGUUGGCUUUGCUAUGGGUAUCGCUGGCACAGACGUGGCGAAGGAGGCGUCCGACAUCAUCCUGACCGACGACAACUUCACCAGCAUCGUCAAAGCCGUCAUGUGGGGAAGAAACGUCUACGACAGCAUCUCAAAGUUCCUGCAGUUCCAGCUGACCGUCAACGUGGUGGCCGUGAUCGUGGCGUUCACCGGCGCCUGCAUCACACAGGACUCUCCUCUGAAGGCCGUGCAGAUGCUCUGGGUCAAUCUCAUCAUGGACACUUUGGCUUCCCUCGCUCUGGCCACUGAGCCGCCCACUGAGUCUCUGCUCCUGCGUAAACCCUACGGCCGCAACAAGCCGCUCAUCUCCAGGACCAUGAUGAAGAACAUCCUGGGCCAUGCUGUGUACCAGCUCACCAUCAUUUUCACCCUGCUCUUCGCUGGUGAGUGUUUCUUCGACAUCGACAGCGGCCGUAACACUCCCCUGCACUCGCCACCAUCGGAGCACUACACCAUCGUCUUCAACGUGUUCGUCAUGAUGCAGCUCUUCAACGAAGUCAAUGCCAGGAAGAUCCAUGGAGAGAGGAACGUGUUUGAGGGCAUCUACAGGAACCCCAUCUUCUGCAGCGUAGUGCUGGGAACAUUCGCCCUGCAGAUCAUCAUCGUUCAGUUCGGAGGGAAGCCGUUCUCCUGCACGGCUCUGACCAUCGACCAGUGGCUGUGGUGCGUGUUCAUCGGCGUGGGAGAGCUGCUGUGGGGACAGCUGAUCACGGCCAUCCCCACCCACCACCUGAAGUUCCUGAAGGAGGCGGGUCACGGCAUCACAAAGGAGGAGAUCCCCGAGGAGGAGCUGACGGAGGGCGCAGACGAGAUCGACCACGCCGAGAUGGAGCUGAGGAGAGGCCAGAUCCUGUGGUUCAGAGGACUGAACCGCAUCCAGACACAGAUUAAGGUGGUGAAUGCGUUCCGUAGCUCCCUGUACGCGGGGCUGGAGAGCCCAGAGUCCCGUAGCUCCAUCCACAGCUUCAUGGCCCAUCCCGAGUUCGUCCCACUGUCCGAGGAGGAGGCUCGCAUCCCCACUAUCGAGGAGACUGGAGACGAGAUUGAGAUCGACCCCCUUCCCAGCCCCUCUUCUGGGGCGGGCGGAGGAGGAGAGCCGCCCAGCGCCUUCCCCCACAGCUGCGAGUUAUCCAUCUGAGCUCCUCUCUCCUCCUCCUCCUCCUCCUCCUCUUCCUCCUCGUCCCUCCUCCCCAUCAGCAUCAUCUGUCAUCCCACCAACUGAACUGUCGCCGAGGAGGGAAGUCAUCGCUCCUCUCAUCCUGCACGCACACACAUGCUUCACCUCGUGCUCACCCCCCUCAGUCAUCGCUGCCACGUUGUGUUUUUCAUACUAACUGUGGCAUCGUUCUGCCUGUAAGUUUGUCCCUCCACCACCACCAUACAUGUCUCAGCAGAGGGUGGAGUCCAGCGUCUCCCCCGUGGAAGGCCUGUCCUCGUCCAUUCAUGUAUAUUUUUUACUCAAUGAUCCUUUUAAAAGCUUUUAAACUUUGUUGGGUUCAAUCUUUUUUUUUGUGGGACUCGCAGCAGCAUGUCGUGUUCUGUACUCGCUUUCAUUCCUGCGUAACGCUUCUCAAAAAACCGCACCGAACUUUUCAAAGAGUGCAGUGAUUCUCAUGUACAUACGCUUUCGCUCCAGCUAACAGCCGGGUUUGUGAUCAGAACAUUUUUAGGCAAAUGCAAAAAUGUAACCUUUUAUUUUUGUUUUUUAAACCUCCUACACUUGUUAAUCAAUGGUUGAUUCAAACUCCUGAGAAUGUCUUGUGAGUGUGACACUACAGUCUGCAAGGUUCAAAUGUUAAAAAUGUUCUUCCCUUUAUUGUGUCUGUAUGUGUCGCUUUUUCUUUAGCUGCUGUGCUGCAUGUGGAAGGACAGAAUGUUUACUACACAUAGAUAUAUCUAUCACGGCGGCGUCCAGAGAGGGCUCGCUCUCUGAUCAUCUCAUCCAGUCAGGGUUCUGGUUCUCUCUGCCCCUCCCCCUUGUACGUCCACAGUGUUGAUAGGAAACAGGAGCGUGCGUCAUGUUUUCCCUCUAGUAGGAUGCAUGUUUUGUUCCAUUCGUGUUGAGUCGCAUGAUAAUUAAGGAAUGAAUAUUUGGGAUUCUGUUUAGACAACCAUAUGUUAGUUAGUCUGCAGCAGAGUCUGUUCAGAGCUCGGUUAACUGCCUGGAUGUGGGACUGGACUUCUUGUUAGCACAACUGGACAAAACCAGACCUGCCAGUACUCGACUCAUGCUUCAAAACUGUUGAAGGAACGCAAACCAGCUGAUGGGGGGCAUGCACAGAUUACAGGACCUUCUUUUUAAACCAACUGGUGACAUCACAGAGUAGAAGGAGAUUUCAACCCAGAUCCACGACCAAAGACAUGGACCAACAAGAUAAUAGUGAAGCUUCUUAGGCUGGAGGACAAACCUUAAACCCAAAACUGAUUCUCUUGUUCCCAAGAGUUCCCAAGUGGCAUCCCAAUUAUUGGAUGCAAUGGCCCAGUUGUAGGUCAGUAAAACCAGCCUGAGCAGUCCUUCAUUUUGCUCCCAUGGGGUCAAAUUGGGAAUUCCCAAACUCCCAUUGGCACCUUACUUGCUGGUGGCCUGGCAGAGGUAGUACUGAUAAAAUGGGGACACAAUCACUGGAUGAAGUGUCUCUACAUGGUCACCCAAAGCGUCAGCCUGAUCUGGUCCUCGUUUCUUUGACGUUAACAAACAUGUACAGAGAAAUUAAACCACAACACUUAGGUGAUGAAGGUGACCACUUAAUGUUCAUUGUCCUGCAUUUUUAUAGCUUCCCUCUUCCUCUUCCUAAUGUCGGGAGUGAACAAAAUAAGUUCGACAACCAAUCAAAACGACAAAUGACCAAAUCUGACCAUGACACUGUGGGGUGAGACCCUCCCGCUAAUCACUGCCCAACUUUACUGAUCUCAUAAUGACCAAAUUAACGUCCAGUGGACUGUCACAGAUACACAGAAUGUGUCAUUUGGACUUAGUUUACAGCUCGGGUCGAUGAAAAGAAUAAAGUUUGCAUCUUUUAUAUUUGUGCCUGGACACUACUGCCACCACAAGAGAAGUGUCAUCCUGUUGUCUCAGCCCCUUGUAGGCAAAGUCCUUAAGUCCUGUUUGAGUCGUCACCCAUUUAGAUUAACAAAGUGCAAUCCAAGGAUGACUUGGUCGAAGAGGUGAAACAAAAUCUUCAACCAAGUCUACAUGUCUUUUGGAUUCCACAGACUAACAAAGGUAGCCCUUACCUCCUGCCAAAAAACCUCCCAAAGCUCUCCCUGGUUGAACUAUAGAUGUCUCCAGACUGGAUAGGAUGCAUCUCCGCAGUGAGCUCCAGGUCUGGUCAUGAAUGAACCAAUAGGAAUGGGAAGUAAACCACUUAGACUGAAUCUUUUCAACAUCAUCUGGACUUGUGAUUGCUAUACUUUCCUGGACCAGAGCAAAUCCAGUUCUCCUCGUGCCAUAUACACCUUUGUAUCGUCUGCAUAUGUAAUCGUACUGCCAGUCUUGAAAAACUAUCCAUGAGUCUGUCUCGGGUCACAAUGCGAGACGUUCAGUUCUGCAGACGGGGGGGUUAAUGGAUCUCUGAACAGCUCCUGGACCGUCUCUCUGUGUUGAAGACAAAUCUUAGUACCAAUUCUGAUGUUUUUGUUCCUGUAUUUGUCAGAGUUCUAGGAACAGAAACUCAGUCAGUGACAUUGCACAGCUGGCAGCAGAGAAGUUGUUUGAUCAUCAUCCCUAUCCGCCCUGCCUUGAUUGAUUAACAGUCGUCGUUGCGGCGGUCACGCUGGGGUUUAUGGGAGACUGAUGAUGUUGGCCUGUAGAGUUAAAUCCACUGUGCAUCAGCCGCUCAGUACUUCCUGCCUGCCGUUGUCCGCAGAUUACUGUCUUAAAAGAAGAGGGAAUCAUCUACCAAUCAGAGGCAGUGAUGCGUCUAAUCCCCUCUUAGUCUGACUAGCAGCCAUCAAGCUAUCUUUGAACUAGGACACGUUAUUGAAGUAAUGUGCUACUACUGCCAUAUUUCCAACUUUUCUGUCAUGACUAGGUUCUUCCUCUCCCCUCUGAUGAGCUUUUUCUAUGUAACUCAGAGCCAUAUUUUAUAGGUUGUCUGUAUUGUUUUUUAUCUCAUUGUUAUCAAGGUUUCCUUUGGACUUUCCCACCCCGACCUUUCCCCUCUUCCUCCCCCCGGCCCUUUACUCCAAACACGACCAAAAAGCAAGGAGAAAAUCUUCAGUCGUCACUGCCGAACCAAGUUUUAAAGGACCUCUACAAUGUUUACAUGAAAAGCAAGUGGGUGGCAGUUCGCCUGCGCUUCUCUCAUCCGACCACUUCCCUUUCAUUCCCUUGCUUUCCUGAAUCUUAGAGUUACUAUUUAACUAAAUGGGGAAUCUUUCUUGCAUGGUUUUCAUAUAAAAUUCAAUGUUUUGCUCAUUUUUUACAAUUCUUCUGUAUUUUUAUAUUAAGUACUUUUUAAUAUUUUGGAAAUAUAUGAAUAUAUAUGUAUAGGCUGAAGAGUUUGGUGACAGUACAGUACAUGAAUGAGAUGAAUCUAACGUGGACUCUGUCUUUUUACAGCUCUCUAAAUAUUUAUGCCACGUGUGUCGUCUUGGUCACCUGAUGUUAGGGCUCAGAAACCUGCAGUGACUUGUUUACUUCCUGUCGGCCGUUCAAUUGGAAUUCCAACUAUUUAAUUCUCAUCAGCCCCCUUUUAAACGAGUAUACUCACUUUAUCUAAGAUGUUGUGAUACACUACACGCUAUGUGAUUUUGCAGUUAUCCAACUCCAUUAGAUCGCAGCCAAUGCAACGUGAAUACAGCUAACUGUAUCAAACAUUAAAUGGGAGUGUAUAAUUAUUUAUCCAACCUCUGGGUUUCUUUGUUUCUGUACUUUGAAGCUACUAUGACUGAUUUUCUUUGAGUGAGUGGAUUGGUGUUUUUUAGCUGGCUGAUGUCGGAGCUGGUGAUUUUAAAUAGGAGCAAAGCUGCGUCACACCUCUGGCUCUGCCUCCUUUUCAAAGUGGCAAAGGUUUGUGACCCCUCAGAUGGACCAAAUCUAGAAAAUUAAGCUGAGGAUCAAAGCCUGGCCGGCCCGAGUCAUUAAAUAAACCAAUGUGUUGCUUUAAGACCCCAAGACUGGAGGCCUAAAAAGACGAGCCAAGAAUAAAAAGCCCUCCUCAAACCAAUGUGCAACGAAUGUUUGAGGCGUGAUUGGAUCUGCUUCUCAGAGUGGACUGUGUAGGUACUAUAACUUCCCCUAUUUUUCCAUAAACCCCUCUCAAAGUCUCGAUUGAAGCAUUUUGGUGGUUUCCAUCUUGGUUUUCUGGGACCAGAUGUGACCACGCCUGGAUGACGGUGUUAUAACUUAACUUUGUCUCCAACACUGGUCGUAGAUUUCACUCUAAAUGCAUCAUGAUGAAGUAACUUUGCAUGUUGCUUUAUAGAAUAAGACUUAAAACUUGUGUUCAUGACCCAAAAUGUGAUAGAAAGAUGUUUCCUGAGGAUUCAAAUCCACUGAAAGUCUGAUUUUCGCAUAAUCUUGCGUGUUUCUGCAGCCACUCCAAACGCCCUCUGCUGGCCAUUAAGAAGAAUGCAAAUUUAAGCUGCUUCUUCGUUGAUUUCCCUUUAAAAACAAGAGGAUACGUCCAUUUAUUUUAGACAUGUAGCUAGUUUUAGUGUUAUCUAAGUUUAUGUUAUAUCUUGUUUGCAAAAAACAAACUCGUGGACCAACAAAAAACUCUGCCAAACUAAAUGUUUACACUUUUUAGAACCCCUGUUAACUCAGUAUUUAAAGAUAUAUAUUAUUUAGACUUUUUAAGCUACCCAUCCCAAAAAGCUUUACAAUAAUUAUACAUUUUGCUUUAAUUCAAUCUUCAAACCCGUUGUUUUGCACCCUGGGGGGCGAGGGGUUUCAUUGGGCCCUAAAAUGUCUCGGGCCAGCCCUGGAUCACAAGUCGUGUCGUCUAAAUUCAAAGAUAAGGAAGGAGGAGUAAGGCACAUUUUUGGUGUCCUUCCUAAUGUUUGAUUCGGUCAUGAAGCACCUGAUACCAAAGGAGGCGGAGUCAGUGCCAGGACACGCAGCUGUAGAUCUCACCGCCAUUUUCUAUAACUGCAAAGUUCAGGAAGAGAGCAGGACUGUUGAAGUGCUCAUGACAUCACGUCCUCUUUCUGCGGUGUGUCUGUAGGCUCUGAACGAGACACACCUCCUGAAUUAUGACGCUUCUUUGUUUUGUCGAGUGAAUCUGACAGAACACCUGAUCUUCUCCAGUCAGUACAAUGUAAAUAUUGUCAUAUAAGUGAAUGAAGUGUAUCUGCUGUCUGUGUCCGUGACAGGAAAUGGGAGAGGGGGCAAUCAGCCAAUCAUCACCCAGCGAAGCUUUAAGAAUGUUCUGCCAAAGUCGUUUCCUCUUUUCUUUCUUCUUCUGCACAAAAGUUUGUUAGAGAGUUUACCGCCACAUGCUCCCUUCCCCAUCCUCCUGCUUGGAUAUGUCCCUCUGUACUCACCAUAGCCUUGGUGUGGUUAGGAUGGUUGUCUGUUGGACUGGUUGGACUGGUUGCCCUCACGUCUCAUGCCAGGCGCACAGUACAGCCUCGCCAUCAGAGACGCUCCAGGCCUGUUUGUGCUUCUGGUUUUAACAAAUGACAGACCGGACGAGACUCAGCAGCGGACUGAAACUCUUCACCUGGUUUUAGGUUCCUUUGUUGUUUUUUUGGGGGGAGUUUAGAGGAUCUCAGUUUGCCACAGUUUUCCAGCAGGACUUCUGUACGGUGACAGAACUUGCUUCUUAUCCAGUCAUUGUUGCAUUUUGACUACUUCCUCUUCAGAGCACUGCCUUUUCUCAGAACAGCUUCCCGUCGUCGGAUUUUUAAGGAAUUAUUUGCAGAACCUUUACAUCCACUUCAAGAUUCACAAUCUAAAAAAAGGUCCAAACGAACUGGAAUAUCACAGUUGGAAAAGUCAUAACCACUUAACAUAUAUAUCUAUAUAUUUAUAUAUAUUAUCUCUAUAUAUUUAUAUCUAGUAUGCAUAUAUGUGCCUAUUUAUAUUAGAUAUAAGUACAUAGACAUAUAUAUGGUUUCUCAGUUGAACUUCAUCGCAAAAAAGACUGAAAAAGAUUUGUUUUCUGUAAUUACUAUGAUACACAGUAAUAGGCGUUGGUGUUAUUUUUGUAUAAACAUAAUAUCAUCUAUGUGGCAUGCAUGACAUAUAUACAAAAUUUGGUGGUUUAAAGCAAUAUGUCCAACCUGGUGCGAUUGGUUCUGUCGUGUUCUGUGUAGCCUAAAGCCACUCUGUGCAAAAAGAGAUAAAAAAAAGAGAAACUGCAUUUGGAUAAAACUAACUGUUCAGUAUAUGUGUUCAAUGUUCUGUGUUCUGCAUGUUUUAGUAUGGAAUGAAACAUCCCCAAAUGUUGGCUUGUUUUUCCAGAUGAAUCUCAAAUACACGCCCCAACACAUGCAACAUCAUACACAUACACACGCAUGCACACACACAUGUAUUUGCACUGUGAGGUGAAACACACUGAGGAAAUUAAAGCUGUGUGACUUCUGAUGGAUGGAUAGAUGAAAGAUGAUUUUUUUUUCCCCCAUCGUUUCAUUAUAACAGAAACGAAAACUGUCCGCCGCUCGUUCACUGUUUUUUCCAUCACCCUCUCUUGAGAAACUGAUGCUGAGAUUUACAGACGUUCACCGAACUCAUCAUCACCCACUCAUGUGCGCAGUGAGAGGAAGAGGGAGACGAUGACAGUUUACAGGCCUGAAACAUUCAGCAUGUUGUUCAGGUAGGCUUCUGCUCUGCAGGUGUCAUCAUCUCACCGGUCACAUCCAUUGAUCCCCUGAUCCAUUAUCCUCCUGCUGAUACACUCAGGAGGAUAAUGCAGCUUCUGUUGCUCAUCUGUGAACAUCUGUGUCCAAAAUAGAGCCCAGCGUUGGCUGGUUAUUUUGGCUGAUGGGAUGUUAAAGUAAAAAUUUUCCACCGGGAUCAUUCUCUAUCUCAAGUAUAUUGAUUAAUCUUCACGUUUGUACGACUUUUUGUCUGAUUGAUCAAUAUAUGGUUUUGUCUGUACAAUGGCAGGACAAGGUGACAUCUUCAAAUCCUUCCAUCUUGUCGAAAGCCCCCAAAAAAUUCAGUUUGUCUUGAUUUAUCCACAAAUUUUACUCAAGGAGAUGAAAUCAGACUUUAGCAUAAAUUAAUUGGUACUGACGAAGCUCCUAACAACACUAUCACUCUUACGACACUUCAAGACACCACGAGAAUUGCCAAACUCAAAUAUUUGUCCACCUCAGUUUUCCAUUUUUACACCUGAACAAUAAACAACAUAAAACAUGUGAA